CAUAGGGCAGUUUAUAACUGUCCAUUAACCAUCACUAGAAAAAGAUCCUGUGCUAACGUCUCCCAGUCGGCUCUUCUGUUCUUCGGCUUUUUCCGUUAUUAACUGAUAUUUUUGUAUUAAAGUGAGAGUUUUACUGACAGAUAGGCCGGUGUUCCAUCUGAAAGUGUCUCCAGUUUAUCUCAGAAGGAAGCAUUGCUGCGGUUUGAUGAAGACUGGGACGAAGAUCUUCUGCUUUACUCCAGCUCUUCCCUUUGUCCUUGAAAAGCACGUCCAGCUGUCUCUGGGGACAGGUGCGUCCAACAGGCUUGUUGUCUCAGGCUGAGGUUCUGGAUCGGUAAACGGACCGAACACCAGAGUUGCCGGUUCGGUUGGGGUACAGUGCCUUGCCCCGGGACGCGUCGACAUGCGACAGGAAGCUGGACUCGAACCUACAACUUUAUGAUUACAAGAUGACUACCCACGGGAGCCACAGAACCCAGACGAUCAGAACCCGAACUGACGCGGUUCUGGAGGUAAGAGUGACUUUGGACUGUGGAGAACAGGACCAGAACCAGCAGCACCCGGACCGAAGCUUGGUUGGUCCUCUCAUGCUUCAUCAGAUCUUGGCCACACUGUGCCUCCCUUCCCAGCAUGCACCUGUGAUGGUGUCGGGCCCGAUGGGAGGAGCUUCUGUCAGCUUUCAGGUUUUCCUUCCUGUGUUUCAGGAGGAGCAGGAAGUGUUUUGGUUCUGUCUGCAGGCGCCCGCCAUGUUCCCGUUCCGACAGCCAUCCGACUCGGACCUGCGGCCUGACCCUCGGCGCUACGGCUCUGGAGCGGAGCGGGACUUUUUCCGCCCCCCCCAGGAGUCUUUGUCGCCGGGCCCCGCCCCCCAGGACGGCGUCCUGAGCCUGCUGAGCAGCUGCGGCCUGGAGCCGGAGGACCUGUCGGUGCUGGCCAAGCUUCCUGAGGACAUCCUGACCGUCGAGUCUCUUCCUCAGAUCCUCAAGCAGAUCAAAGGCCAGAAAGCUCCGCCCCCGGCGUUCCCCCCCCGGCCGGAGGAGCCGUUCCACCUGGGGACCGCCAAGCCUUUACCUGCCAGGCCGCCCUCUCCGCCGCCCCCUUCCUCCUCAUUCAAGGCCUUUAGCUCCGCCCCCAGGGACUGGGAGCGGCUCCGCCGCCAGCCGGUCCAGUACCCGCUGCACCUGCUCUCUGCCGAGUCCCGGCCGGACCGCUGGCCAGGUCAGCAGGCCGCCGGGUCAGGCAGGUCCCCCCCCCCGCCAUCCUCUUCGUCGACCAGGCGGGCCGUAGACCAGGACCUCAGGCCACGCCCCCCCGUCUACGGUAAGGACGGUUCCUCCUUCAGCGGGUCAGCGGGCAGAACCCGUCCUUCCCGUUUCUCCGGGUCAGGUGAUUUCAGGACGGCUCCUCCUCUUGAUGAGCGCCGCCGCGACUCCAGGCCGUCCUUCAGCAGCCGUGUCCCGGACCGGGUUCCGAACCUGAACCGGGCCCGCGACCCGGCCUCCGGCGCCAUGCCCUCUAAGAAACAAGCUCUGGACUUCCACGGAACGUCACCGCCGGCGUUCCCGUACUCGUGCUCGCUGUGUGACAUCGCCGUUCUGUCAGAGAAGGUUUGGAUUCAGCACGUCAACACGACUGGACACGCAGACGGGCAGCUCAACCUGCUGCAGCGGUUUCCACGGUGGGACUGUCGCCUGGAAAGCGCUGGAAGGGACGAGAACCAAUCAAACCACAGGAGAGAUGGAGCAAAUCCCGCCCCGCCGCCCCCCAGACCCAAUCAGAACCGAGCAGAUCUACAGACGUCCAAGAAGCAGCAGAAGGCAUCAGAUAAAGGGAAGGUGGUGUGUGCCAAGUUCCCUCCUCAGGCUGUGGACGAGGCGUCUCUGAGGAAACUCAUCGAGCCGUUUGGAAAGGUCGGAAAAAUCCUCAUGUUUCCGUCUCUGGCCUUCGUAGAGAUGGGUUCCUCCGAUCAGGCCAAGGACCUGGUCAAGUUCUACAGCAGUUCUGACCCAGAAGCCAGGAAGGUGAAGGUGGAGUUCAACAUCUCCAACGCCUUCAGCUUCCUGCAGAGCUCCCAGGUGGUGAGCUUCACUCCAGCGCCGAGCGGCGAGGACGGCCGGUCCGAUCUGCUCAGCAUCGCCAAGCGCUUCGGGGAGCCGCUCUACACGCUCUUCCUGCCCUCCAAGGCCUUUGUGGAGAUGAAGCUGUCGGCUGAGGCCCAGAAGCUGGUGGACUACUACUCGGCCAGCGCCCUGCGGAUCAACGGCGCCACCAUCCAGGUGGCCUUCUCCUCCGAGUACCGGACCCUGUUGCGGGUUCCGUCGGCCCAGAAGUACGAAGACGAGCCGGCCGAGACCAAGGAGCCCAACAGAACCCGACGGGCCAGGAGCCGGUCCGGGUCCAGAGACCGGUCCAGGGGAGGGCGGCGGAGACGGAGCGGUUCUGGAGACAGGAAGAGACCAGAGACCAGAACCCGGUCCAGGUCCAGAGAACGGUAUGGAACCAGUUCUCCCGGGCAGAACCAGAACCAGACGGAGGGGAAGCCCAAAGAACCACAGAACCCAGAGUCCAGAUCGGCUGAACCUCAGAGAGAUGAAGGUGAUGAUGAUGAUGAUAAAGCCCAGCCAGCGGCUGGGGAAGAGGAGGACCAGCUGGCUGAUGAAGAUCAGUCCGACAGCGACAUCGAGGGCAUGGAGGUCAUCGCCGAGGACGGACAGAACCUGGACGAGGAAGAGGAGGAGGAAGAGGAGGAGGAAGAGCAGAAACCAGAACCACCUGGAGCAGGUCGGACCUGGACCGCCGCAGGAAAAGUUCUCUGGAGGGAAAAACUGAGAUCAGGAAAUGAUUUUCCAGAUGGAGGAGAGCUGGAGAAGACCGGAGCUGAGGAAGAGGAGGAAGUAGAAUUCCCGGUGGAUCUGGAGAGCUGCAUCACUCUGGACGAGGUGAAGACGGACGAUGAAGAUGAAGCUCCGCCUGCCGACUGUCGCUGCGAGGAUGUCGGGAAGACGGGUUCUGGAGAACCCGGUCCGGAGCCGACUGGACCGACUCCAGACCAUGAAAGUUCUGGUUCCGUCUCCAGAACCCAGGAGGAUCCAGAACCGUCAGAUCAGACGAGGUCCACUGAGACUCUGGAGCCAGAACCAGACAGAACCGGUCCGGAGCCAGAGAGCCAGACCGGAUCCCAGAAAGUUCUGGAGACACGACGGGCCAAGACCCGGUCCAGGAAGUCAUCGGGAGACGACGGUUCCAGAACCGGUUCCGACGAGGAACCCGAUCAAAGAAAGACCGCCUCCAGAACCGCUCCAGAACCCGGUCCUGAAAAACGAAAAGCAACUCCUGAGAACGACGACGUUCCUCUGAAGACGCUCAAGAGGGAGAACGGACCAGAACCGGGUCAGAACCUGAGCACGGCGGAACCAGAGGCUGAUGAAGAGAAAAAGCAGCAAAUAAAGACAGACGAGCAGAACCCAGCCGAACCAGAACCACGUGAACAGGAGUCUGGAGCGCCACCAGCAGAGGGCGCCGCUGAGCCGCAGAAACCUGUCGGAGCUGAGUUCGUUCGUCCCGUCGUCGGUUACUUCUGCAACCUCUGUCAGCUGAUCUUCAUCGAUGAAGACGAAGCCAAGCUGCAGCACUGCGCCACGCCGGCCCACUACAGGAAGUACCAGGAGAAAACUGGCAAAGAUCCGUGGAUGAGCUGAGUUACGGAUCAGAACCGUUCGCUUCCUGCUGCUGUAAAUGUUAGUUUGAAAUAAAGCAAGUUUGAUUCUGAGGAA